AUGCUGCAGCCACAUUCCUCGGUCAGUUCUUGUGAGGAUCGGGGAGGAGAAGAGCGUCCACGGCGUCGCAACGUGGCCGGCCCAGCCGCUGUUUGCCCAACGCUUGGCAAGUCGCAGGAAGAACCCCCCAGCCGCAUCAACGACAAAAUGUUGCUGUGUUUGCAGACUUGCUGCAGCGAUGCUGAGCCCAUGUGCUGGCAGAUUUUGCAGCUGAUUUGCUACAUUGUCAUUUUUGGAGCAAGCCUGGCGUUGGUUGUGCUCUGGGCCUACGUUAUCUUUCCUUUCCAGAAACCAGAGAUGGGGUUUCGGGCGAAUUGGGUGUUCAACUUUGUGGCCCAUCCUGUCGCGAACUAUAUUGUCGAAAUGGGAAUGCAGUUGGUGAUGAGUUUCUCCGUUUCAGCAGUCGAGUUCUUGAUGGGCAAUGUAAUCCAGAAGUUGGGCAACUGGUGGAAUGUUCCUAUUCACAUCGUGCGGGAGCUGGGGACUUGCAUGAAACUUCCGGUGAUAGUCUUCAAAGCUUCCAUCCUCUCUGAAGCCAAAGGCCUCUGGGUCUUUCUCAGCAUGGUCCUACCAGAAGUCCUGCAGGUCGGGUGUUCUGUCAUGAUGGUACUCUUCAACCUCCUGUCAAACAACACGCAGAUUCAAGAAGCCUUCGCCACUGUUAGGUCGAGGCAGCAGUUCGUUCAAGCCUGUUGCAUUUCAUACUAUGAGUUCAAGUGUGUGCAACAAAGGCUGAAACACAUCGUUCAAAGCUGCAAAACGACAUCAAAAAAAGAUCUUGAACGGAUGGCUUGGACUUGGAGAAAUGAUCAUGAUUUGCUGAAUGAGAUCUCCAGCUCACUCACGGCUACAGUCAUGUUGGAAGUAUGCGAGGUAAUGGCCCCUGUGAUUUACAUCGGUCUUUUAUUGUGCUUGCAAAGCAACACUUUCUUGGCGAACAACGCCUCUUAUUUUGUGGGAUUGGCAAAUGCCAAUUUCCAGGAAAGCCUCAUUGCCAACAGUUUCAGCCUUUUGCUUGAAGCAAGCCUGUUGCUGGUUACCGAGCUGUGCGUAAGGGCAGUGAUUGGAAUGAGUUUUUGUAGCUUCAUUGGGUCGGUUUUGCGUUGUGAUUUCAGGUUCUGGCUGAGCACGCUUUCCAUGGCGUACAUCGCCUGGCUCACGAUGGUGGUCCAACACACCGGCCACGAUUUGAAGUUUCAAUUCUCAUGGCUGCCGUGA